AUGUUAUACACAGGAUCACUGUCUAUGAAAGUCAUAUUUGGAAUUCUAUCUUCUUUAUCUGCUUUCAAGAUAGUUACUGAAAUUGAAUGCAUAAAACAGGAAUACUUGUAUAAUUUAAUCAGGGAUGCCUGUGGUGAACCACCAAAAUUCGAAACUAUGAAGCUCAAGGGUAAACCUAAAAAAUAUUAUGAGGUUGGGGAGAAAAUAUAUUAUGAGUGUCUCCCAGGACGCAUUACUGUGUUUCCCGUCAUGGCUUAUUGUGAGCAGAAUCACUCGUGGUUCCCUCUCCAAGAAGCUUGUAUGAAAAAAGAAUGCGAUAGGCUAGCACUUCAACAUGGUGAAGUUGUUGCCCCAAAUAAAACCUUUUCGUUUGAUCACGAAGCUCACUUUUAUUGUGAUGAGGGUUAUUACUUAGUUGGGCAACAAGUUAUAGUUUGUAACCUUCGUGGAAAUGACGUGUAUUGGAGUGAUAACCCCCCACAAUGUAAAAAGAUUUACUGUCAACCGCCUGCAAAAAUAAAUAACGGAAAAUACAGCAAUAGCCACAGAGCUAUAUUUGAAUAUAAUGAAUUAAUAACUUACAGUUGUAAUCCUUCACAAGGAUCAGACGAAUUUUCACUUGUUGGAGACAGCAAACUUAUUUGUGUUGGGAAUAACAAGUGGAGUAGUGACCCUCCUCAGUGUAAAGUGGUCAGAUGUGAACAUCCAGUACUUGUGAAUGGAAGACUGGUAUCAGGAGUCAGAGAAACCUAUUCCUACCAAGCAGUGGUUCUAUUUGAAUGCCUCCCAGGUUUCUAUCUUAAUGGCAGCAACCCAGUGUUCUGUGGUGGGAGAAAUACUUGGGAACCUGAGAUGCCGACAUGUAUUAAAGGUUUCAAGCCUACUCAUCCAACCAAACCUCCAGUUUCAAAGUAUCCAGGCUAUCCUGAGCCCAAUGAAUCAGCAUUAUUUGAAGAACUGGAGGAAUUAGAUGCAGGUAUCAUUGCUGUGAUUAUUCUUACUAUCCUUGUCGGCCUUGCAGUACUUUGCACCUGCCUGUACAGAUGUCUUCAAAGAAAGAAAGGGUAA